GUACUACAAAUUACUGGGGUGAACGGGGCAAUGCUAGCAGACGGGUUUUCUUGAGCGUGUUGUCCCAGUAAAUAUAGGUUAGAUACGGUAUGAUGGUUUGAUAUGGAGAUGGUACAAGCUUUUUAUAUACAGAGAUGGAUGUUAAACAUUGAAAAAUGAGUGAAAAACGAGGAUUAAAUGGUGGCCCAUAUCAAUAUGAUGAUUAUGGAACAGUGGACAAACAGCCAAUUAUUGACAAGGAGGAACUUAGCUCAGAAGGAGGGAUUGAGAUGUCUGCAAAAGCUAAGACACCGGUGCCACAAGAAGAAACAUGUUUCUUCAGGGAUGGAGAGAGAAGAAUAGAUUUUAUCCUGGUUUAUGAGGAGGAAUUAGAAACUAAAAGUAGUAACAGUGAGAUUGUCAAAAUAGGAAAAUGGAGACAAAAAUUCAUGAAAAAUUUACACAAAAUUGGUCUAGAAGUAGAAGAGGAAAAUGUGCAAAGUCAAAAAAAGAUCACAACAUUCAUCAAACUUCAUGCUCCCUGGGAUGUUUGUUGUUUCUACGCAGAGGACCUGUGCAUGAGAGCCCCAUUACAGAUAUUUGAUAAGAAAAGUAACGCACAUCCAAACCCUUCAAAUAACUGGUCAGGGAAAAUUCUUAAGAUGCUCAGAAUACCAAAUAUGAUGGCUGAAGAUGUUCCUAACAAACCAUUAGAUUAUUAUACAUGUGCUUUCAAAAAAUCUAAAUUAAAUAGGUUUUUAGGAAGUGAUAAUCAAGAGACAUAUUUCUCAAUUACACAACGAGGUAGGAUUGUUUGGGAAAUCUUGGCAACAACAGCUUAUGGUAAACGUAAACAUGCAGAGAUUGGAGUUGAGAGAUUACUGGAAGAGGGAAUAUAUAAAGCUGCCUAUGCUUUACAUGAUGGGACUUUUGAGAAACCAAAGCAGCCAAUAAAACAUGAAGAACUAAAUGACAGACAAAUAUUAUAUGAAUACUGGGCAAGGUGGGGGAAAUGGUUUAAGUACCAACCACUAGACCAUAUACGGGAGUAUUUUGGAGAAAAAGUAGGAAUUUAUUUCGCAUGGUUAGGUUUUUAUACGGCUUGGUUAUUACCAGCUUCAAUUAUUGGUGUAAUUGUGUUCUUAUAUGGUGUUUUUACAAUGGCGUCUAAUGUGCCAGCAAAUGAAGUUUGUAACAGUGCAGAAACAUUUAAGAUGUGUCCUAUUUGUCCUGAAAAUAUAGGUUGCCCAUAUUGGUACUUAUCUGAUGUGUGUAUCUAUGUAAAAGUAUCCUAUUUAUUUGAUCAUCCUGGUACUGUACUGUACGCUGUCUUUACAUCAUUUUGGGCUGUGACAUUUUUAGAAUAUUGGAAAAGAAAGAAUGCCAGUCUUGCUCAUCACUGGGAUGUAUUGGACUUUGAAGAGGAAGAGGAAAGACCAAGGCCAGAGUAUGUUGUCAAAGCUCCUGCUUAUGAAAAGAACCCCAUCACAGGUGUGAAGGAGCCACAUUUCCCUGAGCGGGCCAGACUUCCCAGAAUUAUAUCUGGUUUUGCUGCGAUAACUAUCAUGAUUACCAUUGUUAUAGUAUUUAUAAUAGCUGUCAUAAUGUACAGAGUUCUCGUCAGUAUACCAUUGUUUCAAAGUAAAACUUUACGAGGCAAAGCAUCAUUAAUUGCCAGCAUGUCAUCAGCUGUUGUCAACUUAAUCCUCAUCAUGUCACUGAGUAAAGUCUAUGAAAAGUUGGCAUUUAAAAUGACACAGUGGGAAAUGCACAGAACCCAGACAGAAUUUGAUGAUCAAUUGACAUUUAAAGUGUUCAUUUUCCAGUUUGUCAAUUUCUAUUCUUCCAUAUUUUAUAUUGCUUUUUUCAAAGGGAGAUUUGUUGGGUAUCCAGGUCAUUAUAAUUCAUUUUUUGGUUUGAGAAGUGAAGAGUGCAAUAAUGGUGGUUGUCUAGUAGAAUUAGCUCAGCAAUUAGCUGUUAUUAUGAUUGGUAAACAGAUGAUAAAUAAUGCACAAGAAAUAAUAGUGCCAAAACUGAAAACAUUUAUACAUCAUCUGAAAAUAAGUCUGGAUAAGAAUGCCAUAAAAACUAGAUGGGAAGAGGACUAUAACUUAAUAGACAGUCAAGGCUUGUUUGAUGAAUACUUAGAAAUGGUUUUACAGUUUGGAUUUAUAACAAUAUUUGUAGCAGCUUUUCCACUUGCUCCUUUAUUUGCUUUGUUAAACAACUGGGUAGAAAUUCGACUGGAUGCACAGAAAUAUGUAUGUGAAACGAGGAGACCAGUGGCUGAUCGGGCACAAGACAUUGGAGUCUGGUUUUCUAUACUGGAUGGCAUGGCUCAGUUAGCAGUUAUAAGUAAUGCAUUCCUUAUAGCCUUUACAUCAGAGUUUUUACCUAGACUAUUAUAUCAGUUCCAGCAUGAUUCUAAUUUAGAGGGCUAUACAGAUUUCUCUUUAGCUGUCUCUCCAAAUGGUACAAUGAAUCAGACUUGCAGGUAUAGAGAUUUUCGAGACAAAGAAGGCCAUUAUACGUUAUUUUACUGGCACUUAUUAGCCUUUAGACUAGGAUUUGUUAUUGUAUUUGAGCAUGUAGUAUUUGGUUUUUGUCGACUGAUAGACUUUAUGGUACCAGAUGUACCUGAGGCUUUAGAGAUAAAAAUAAAGCGGGAGAGAUAUCUGGCUAAGCAAGCACUAGCUGAUACAGACACAAUCAUGAUGAACGAAUCCUCAGACGCUGAAGAGGAACUAGAUGAUGAUGAUAAUGUAGUUGAUGUGGAAAUGGCUCGUGGAUUAGAUGAAGAAGAGGAUGAUCUGGAGAAAAUAUCAGUAAAAGUUGAUAGCACUAUAAAGACAAGUAAAAAAUCCUAGCAGGAAGGACAAGUAACGCUGAGCUACUUCUCAAACUAUCCAAUGUACGAAAAAUUCUGGGGUUAAUGUAUUGCUUAACAUACAAUAUAAACAGAACCAAACAAUAUUUACUGGACAAAACAUUGCAGUGUGAAAAUUUUAUCAGAUAUAAAUCUGAUUUGAAUAAGUAAAGAAUUACUUAUCACUGAACCAAAAAAAAAAUUUUACUGGAAUUUUUCCAGUUUUUAUAGACUAACGAGUUCAGUGAACAAAUACCAAGACAAAGCUUUUUUCCCUUGAGAACAAAGGAAGUAUGUAGAUGUUUUUCCUAUAUGACAUUUUUAACAUAUGCAGUAAAACCUGCAUAUACAAAAAUACAGAUUAUGUCUUCUAGAAAUUAUUUAAUGAUUGUCCAAAUUGAAGACUAGGAACACAAAUGUCAUUGUCUGAUUGGUCAUUGUUCAGAAUGGUAGGAAAUCAGUGGGAAAGGUUUAUGUGUCAUACAUUGUUUGUCAGUUACAGGAUAAACUGACAGUUUAAACAUUCAAUAUCAUCAUAUCAUUUGUAUUAUCUUAAAAUGUCUCAUUAUUUUGGUUUUUUUUUCAUGUGAGAAUGGGUCAGACAUUGUUAAAAGAUGUGUUUUGUUUUUAUUGAAGGUUGUUACAUUUAUUAUUAACUUUUCAAAUUUUAUGUCUGAUUGAGAAGAGUGGUAAUCAGUGAUGUUUUAAUUUUUUUUAUACCAAAUUUGGUUUAUUUAAUUUAUUUGUUUCAAUGGAGCUGCCUGAGUGGGGUGGGGUCCUGUUUUAGUGAGUGGGGUUCUGAAAAUACUCAAAUAUGAGGCCAAUUCCUUACUGAAAUAUAUGAAGAAACAAUUUGAUUUAUAGUUCCUUGGAUUGUUACAGGAACAAAUAUAUACUGAAAAAAACCCAAGAAUCUUGCUGUCAAAAAUGAAGAAUGCAAGUGUCAAGAAAAUUUCUCACAUUUUGUACAGAGAUGAAUUCCAUUUUGCUUUUUAGCUGAUUUUUGCUACAGUCAGUUUGGUUUUAUCUUGAAAGAUGUCUUUAUCAUACAUAGUGAUUGUCUAUGUUGCUUUUUAUUAGGUAACAAAAAUCAUGCCUUUAAAGUCUGACAUUACUUAUUAAAGUAUUUUUGAUAUCUAUAGAUCUUCCAUAUGUAAGGAAUAUUGCAAGUUUUUCACCCAAAAAAUCCUUCACAAAUCUCCACUGAAAUAAAAGAAUAUUUUGGUUGGGCAUAGUCUCUUAUAUAGUCACAAAUUAUAAGUUUAUAAAAUCAUGAUAUCAUAUUUGUAGUCCAAAUAUAGUGUAUUGAAAUUUAAAAGGUUUCAAACUAUUGUUUUAAUUAUAUGAGUGGUUGUAUUAUAGUUAUAUCUAGUCCAAUACUAGCAAGUUCUCAACUACCUGAUAUUGGAUUUAACAUAUUGAAUUUUUUGACCGUGGUAUACAGAAAUGAAUUGUUGAGACAAAUGUCAUUUGACUACUGUAAAUUCAGAAAUUAUUGCGUGCAGUUAUUAUUGCGAUUUUUGAAGAAUGGACAAAAAUGUGAGAUUAAUUAUUGCCAUUUCAGGAAAAGCUGCAUACAGAUAUCUGUAUCUAAUAUCAGAAUGUGAGUUCUUAUUAUUAUGAUAAUCACCAAGUCGCAUUAUUUCCAUUGACAAAAAUAAUUUCUGAAUUUACAGUAUAUAAUCUGAGCACUUACAAUUUGACUUAUAUUUGGUCAAAGGAUAUGCAAAGUUUCUUAUCGACUUGAUGUUAUCAUUAAUAUUUGUCCAUAUCACAUAAAGAUCUUUGUAUUAUUAAGGAAUAACUGUAAAAAAUUUUCUGUCUAUGAAGAAAUAACAUCAAAAAUGUGGUGCACACUGAAUAACCCCCGUAGCGUGUUAUUUUAAAGUGUGCACCACAUUUUUUAUGUUAUUUCGAAUAGACAGAAAAAAUAUUACAGUCAUUUCUUAUAAUUUAAUUCUAAAUUCCAUUUUAAACCGUAGUAAACCAUGAAAAAAUGUUGAUGACGUCACGGUCACAUGACAAAAUUAUGUCUAUGAGCUGAUAAACAAAACAACGUCAGCCAAUCAGAAGACGCGUUACAUCCACAAUUAAAUUAUUGACCAGAUAUUUUUCAUGGAUUUCCUUGAAUGUUUAAAGUAUAAUGCUUGAAAGCCACUUUACAAGCUAUUACUUCAUUAUUGCAUCAUAAUAAUAUGGAGGUUUUUUCUAAGCUUAUACUUUGUUGUUCUAUAAGUUAACCAUUCCAUAACUUCUGUUGAAUAAUUUAAUGAAUAUUAAUGAAACUUCAUAUUAAAGAGAUCCAUAUACCAGGAACUUUAACAUAUUUGUAAUUGGUCGAGCUAGCAUUUGCUCCUCAGAGCUGAUAUGCAUAAAACUACUUAAUUAAGAUUUGUUCCAAACGGACAAAUUUUUCUACAUGUCCUACGAUAAAUUAAUGCUAUGAUUGGAUAUUUUAACUUUGAGCUGUUCCAUUAAAACAUACAUGGCACGCAGGGAAGGCACUUUGAAAAUAGGGUAACCAACUAAAGAGGCAAUUUAGAAUUUCUCUUUACAUUUUCACUGUUCAAAAUAAUUUUAACACCGCCCCAUAAGUUGAGAUUUCAAAGUGCCUUCCCUGGGUCCCAUGUUUGUUUUUAUGGAACAGCCCUUAAGUGGUUUUAUGCUUAUCAGUCCUGAUCUGCUCAUGAAAUAGUGUUCUGAAUAUGCAUGAAAUUUUGCCAUUGGAUAUUAAGCAAACUACAAUGACUCAAUUGGAGAAAGUGCUAGUAUUUUCAUUUGGAAAGUAUAUGAUGCUUAAUCCUCCUGAAUAAUGCUUUUCACCGGAUUAGAUAAUAUUUGUAAUGUUUGACAAAAAUCCAUUUAAAAUGGUUACAUAACCUGUAAAAUAUAUAUUUUUUGUAUGAAUAAAGGCUUAUAUCAAUGACGUAUAAUUUCUGAAGUUGUGCACAUGCUAUUAUGGAAAUUUUUGAAGAGUUUAUUAACAUAUUUUCAGACUUUGGGACAUAGUUAUUUUCCAGCAAAAUUUACAAAACAGGGUAUCUGAUAUUGUAAUCAUCAACUAACAUCCCUCAAACAUGCUUCAUUGAUUAGUCACAAAUAUUGCAACUAGGCUAUUUGAGACUUUGACCCAUUUUUACAUUUUAUUUUAAUGAUCAAGUUUUAAAAAAUAUUGCAUAAUACAACUUGUAGUGAAUCUCAAAUUGCAUGUAUUUCUUGUUGCAUAAUAAUCUAAUUUUGAUUUGUGCAUAUCCUAAAUGUUUUUUGCCAAAUUUGAUUAAUUAACAACUGUUAAAGCUCAAAAUGAUUUCCUGUAGAAACAAGUUUAAAAUGUUUUAAAUACAAUAAAAAGGGCUUAUUUUAAAUCUGUUUGUAGAACAUGUUAUUGUACACAAGUACUUAUUGCCUUGUACAUUAAUUAUAUGGGUGACAAUUUUGUUUACUAUUCCUGGGUUGUCAUUUGUACACUCUAGCUAUCUUUCUAUAUUGACAGGGUCAUUUUCUUCAUGGGAAAGAAGAUUUUGUUUACUAUUCCUGGGUUGUCAGUUGUACACUCUAGCUAUCUUUCUAUAUUGACAGGAUCAUUUCUCAUGAGAAAGAUGAGGUAUGAUAGGAGCCAUUAUCUCAGGCCCCUGAAAUUGCAAAAAUAGUAAAAUUAUUCAAGCAUUUCAAAAUUAUCUUAAUUUUAUUUGUAAACCAUUGUGAUUUUUCUUCAUGAAAAUUUUGCAAUUGCUUUAAAUAGAUUUGGCAUUUUCCACAGUAGUCAUGCAAGGAUUACUAUAUUAAAUGUGUGCAUUCAUUUCUAAAUUUAAAGUAUAAUCUAAUUAUCUUGAUCUUUACAAAAAAAAAUCCAAAGCUACAUGUUUUAUUGUUUUGUGAAUCUAACUAUAUCCAUCCAUCUGUUCAUUUAUUAUCUUCUUUCAUUACAUGAUAUCAGUGGACACCUCCAAGGAGACGUGUUUCCCUCAGCUUUGUCUAGAAAUCAGUAGAUUUUACUCUUCAUUACCAUCAUUAGAAUAAUUCAUUAAACAAUAUCAAAUACUAUGAUCAUAACCAUUGCAACCUGGUCUAUGAGUCUCUGAUCUUUCUUUAUUUAUUGUUUACACCUAAAGUAUUUGGUUGGAGUUUUUUUACAAUUCUUUGCCAACCAUUUCAGACAUUGUUAUUUUAUUUUUGAAUUAUCUUUUUUAAGAUAGUUUUUUUACAAUAGUUGACAUGCAUCUGAUCUAAAAUUGCAAAUAAACCAUAUAUCAUUCCGAUAUAGAAUUAGAUGUUGUAAAGAAAUGAACAGUUCUGUCUUGUUUUUUUUAACUGAAUUGUAGUAUGUAUAUGUUUAUUUGCUUUUUAUAAAACAUGUUCAGUAUGUCUUAUUCUCUUUUUUCAUAUUUUGUUGUAUUUUAUAUAAAGUUUUUUAUGAUUGAUCUUGUUUUAUUUACGUAUCUUAAGUAUCUCUUGUAAUGUUCUUGUCACAUUCCUGUCUAUUACAAUCAUGUGUCUGUUAUUAUUAACUUACAAAUGUUAUAAAGAAAUAAAGAAUUUCUUUACUCAUA